GUUGCGAGCCAGUGAGACAGAACAAUAUCUUUCUGGAAAGAACAUUCUUGAUUCAGGAACACUAAAAGGUAGGUAUAGUUAAGCGAUUUAUAGCCGGUGCACAGACUAAUUUAUUGCUUAUUACAAUAUAAGUGGGAUAUAACACGUGAAUUGAUUGGCUAAUGCUCGUGCAUGAUAUUUGUCUCCGGUUUCUUGCAAAAACAAUGUGAGUGCCGAUCCAAAGUUUGUUCGAAAGCAAAAAAGAAUAUACGGAAAAUGAAGUACAAAAGCAUCCAACAAGAAACAACGGCGUGACAAAGGCAAAGAAAUUUUCGCAGCUGUUUUUGAAUCUCAUUUAAACCACACGAGAAAAACUUUAAAAAGCCACAGGAAUACAAAAAUGAAAGCGAAAAUCUAAACAAAUUUCAUCAAGAAAGUACCUUAAAUACUUCAAAUUAAAACAGCAUGGCAUAUUUUCGUAGAAACACAAAAAACAUAAUGAUAAUUUCAACGAAACAACUUGUCGAUAACUUGAUCAAAUUCGGCAUGUAAGAUGCAGCAAAACAACUGUAAUCAAGCUUGUUACGUCCUUAGAUCGUAAUAUCCGAGGUAUUAAUUCCGCCCGGCUAUUUACACCGGGGGAAAGGAAAGCAUUAGCGAAGUCUAAAGUUCAUCAAUAAUCGCGGGCGCGUGACUAUGGUUCAUGGGUGGACCUCAGGUUUUAAUCUGAUCAACCAGCUCCAAGGUGACUGGCUGAGCGAAUUGAAACCAUAUCAUUCCAAUGAUCAUCACAAACAUUGAAGUUUCUCGGUAAAAACAUUGAACUUUGUCGCGUGAAUAGACGAUGCUUUUAAUAUCUGCGACCGUUCAUCCUUAGUUGCAAGCGACAGUAGUUAGGCCUACAAGCUCGGAGUUGGCUGUAAAAAUUCAGCGCAGGGGCCGUUUAUGUGUCAGUUAGAUUGAAACGCAGAAAAAUUUGAUAAAAUGACAUGUUAAAAAAUUUAGCAAGAUGGAGGCAUCACAUGUGAUAUUUGAUUUUGUUGUUUCUGAUGAAAUUUGUUGACUCUCGACUUUUUGCUCUGUCGACUCUCGACUUUUUGCUGUCGACUCACGACUUUUUGUUGUCGACUUUCGACUUUUUGCCGUCGAUUCUUGACUUUUACUCUCGACUCUCGACUUUUACUCUCGACUCUCGACCUAUGCUCUCGACUUUUAGAUACACUCGUUCUUCACCGCUAAUCAAUGGCCAUGUAUUUGCAUCACUCGCACACUGUCUAAGUUCUUCUAAUUCGUGGAUCUGUCUAUGGGUAAACUCCGUGAAAACUAGAUCUAUCAGCUUGUCCUUCAAAAUAUUUACAUAGAUAUAUCUUCACCUUUCGGCGAAGAGUUUUUUUCUCCUAAAAUAUUUAUUAAAAAAACAACCCAAAAAACUCGAAAAAACCCAAAAAAAACAAAACAAGUUUGCCAAGAUUUUCCUAACGUCUCAUCAUUCAGAGCCUAAAAUGUCAAGCCAGAGAAAGACAAGUAUAAACAUUGUCGUCAUCAAUAUGUAGUCCUGCAUCAUUUCACUAAUCAUAUAAAUAUUUAAUCAUUACAUCAUAUCCGUUCACAAUAAAUAACUUACCAAUGUUACCUAUGUUAUGAAAAUUCCGGUUUUAUUUGAACCAAUUACAAUUACUUGUUUACCUCCUGCACAGUAGCCUAGCUACUACGCGUUUGUUUGUGGGCAUCGGCAGAGGCGCCGGAAUAUCGAUAAUUGGGGGGGGGGGCAGAUAUUCAUAUAUUCGUGUUCUGCCCAAUCAAUUUCUUUUGAAAUCGAUUGUUAUUACAGUCUGUGAACACGAAUAUAUGAAUAUCUGCCCCCCCCCCAAUUAUCGAUAUUCCGGCGCCUCUAGGCGUCAGCGAAAAAUAAAUGCCUGCUAUACAGGCGAUCUAUACACAGUCACUCUUGAGACCUCUAUGGAAAUUAAUUCAACAUGCCAGUAAAUAAAUGGAAAGUUUAGACCGUUUCCAAAAUCUAAAUAACAAUAAUUAAAUGGCAUAUUUAUAAAAAUAUUGUAAAUAUCUGAACCAGAGGCAGAGCAGAAACGCGUGAAAUGAAACUGCAACGUCCGAACCCCGAGAGAGCAUAUGAACAAUUUCAAAGAAUACCAUCACACGACUUUAUUGCUCAACUUCCUGAGUUGUCUGUUGCUAUUAAAAUCUUUUUGGCAUGUUUUUGUAAUUUAAAGGCAAACAGAAACCAAAUUUAGCAAUGAAGUUCUUGCUUGUAUACAGAACACUCACUCAAAAACAUGUAAUAUGAAACUUUUCUCUCACACCCUUAGCCAAUCAGUUUUCUAUGUCACCAGCUCCGACCAGGUUUUUCCUCCACAAUAGGGAAAUGGUUCACGAUAAUCAAAUCCAUGGUUGACGUUAAUCAUAACCAUGGUUUACCAUACUCAUUACCAUGAUUCCCGAUAAUCAUAAGAAUGGGUCACGAUAAUAAUCAUAACCAUGGUUCACGUCAUCAAGUACACGACCGUUUGAACGCAUAACGUGCAUGGUCAUAUGUACGAUCUUUAUGUGUACCACCACCGUUUGUACAUAUAACUCGGUAUUUAAACGAUAGUUGCAUUUCACUUAUAGGAUGUUUGAAGAUAUUGGAGAAAGAAAUUGUACCAGAAUCAACACCACUCACUGCAAGUGCGGAAUAUCGCAAGAGUUUAGCGAUUGGCCUGUUUUAUAAGGUAAAUUCAGCUUUUCCUCCUGGAUGGUUUUUGGACUUGGUCUAGGUUUCUAAUUACCUCUAACAGUUGGUUAAGUUUUCACCUUGCUUUGUAUAGGCUUGUGUUUAGUGUUUAAUGUUUAGUGUUUAGUGUUUAGUGUUUAGUGUUUAGUGUUUAGUGUUUAGUGUUUAGUGUUUAGUGUUUAGUGUUUAGUGUUUAGUGUUUAGUGUUUAGUGUUUAGUGUUUAGUGUUUAGUGUUAGUGUUUAGUGUUUAGUGUUUAGUGUUUAGUGUUUAGUGUUUAGUGUUUUGUCCUUGUGACUCUAUGUGUUUGUCUCUCACGGCGAUAACUGAAAAGAUGUCCAACUCAUUAAUACGAAAAUGUAUGGGGCUACUAUAAAUAGUCCAAUUUGGGUCAUUUUGGAUGAAAAUUAGCAAAAUUUGUCUUGGUCUCCGGGUUGAGUAAACGGAAUACGAAUUAGCCCAUUGUAGAAUUAGUCUGGAAUGAUAACUCUUUUUUUUAAUUAAAGUUUUCUAUUCUAAUUCACUUCUCAACUGUCCCAAAAAUUUGAAACUUUUGGACAGUCCCAUAACUUGUUCUGUACUGAAAUAAAGGUAUUGUUGUCUAUGUUGAGCUUUAUCCUUGCUCAAACAAAGUGUAUUGUGUGAAAAAUAAACUAAAGAAUUCUGAGCAUUGUAUUUUCGGCAGCAUGAAUGGCUUCAAAUAUGGCGGCCAAAAUAUCGUUGCAGUUCCGUUAGACUUCAGUGGUUCUCUCUGAGUCCUAUGCAGUGCCACUAUAUAAUGUGCGUUACCAACCCUAGGAAUGCAAGGAAACACAGGCAACUACUUUGCAAGCAAUCUACGAUCGACACUCCAUGCAAUUUAUAAGCCAAUUCAGAAUCUCUACUGCGCAUCCAAAUGACGCGUUCUGCGACGGGAUAAAUUUCAGUUGAAUCAGAAGAUGCAUGCAGCUGAGACUGGAAGCGCGCAUUUAAUAUUAUAUGCAUGUCAAUCAUUAUUUGCAUUUCACUUAUAGUCACAAUAGAACUGUCGCUAAAUCAUUUUUGUACUAGAAUGUUUUGUCUUCCUUGUGAAGCAAAAUAAAAAAGGUACACUUUAUGGAUUAUAUUUUCUAAUUUAAAGCGCGUCAACUGUGCGUCGAACAGUUAAUUAAGUUAACCUAUAACAAGACUUCGUUUGGUACUAUAGGAAUGUUUAUUGUAUUAAUAUAUUCUAUAAUGUGAUUUGCAUUUUUUGGUUUACACUUUUGUUUUGACUAAAUUUGUCACGUGAUCGCUUUAACAUUCACUAAUGUAUAAAAGUUCAUGUAAUUUUGCCGACCCCCGUUACUAACUUCUUGAUGAAGGGCAUUCGCUCGGAACGUCGAAGUUCUUGUAUUUUUCAAGUAUUUGCAUCCCUACUAACCGAAGUAUGUAUUCUAAUUCUUUCAGUCGGAUAUACAUGUUAUAAUUCAAUGGACCUUUCACCUUUUGACUAAAAUUUAGAUUUCAACGAAACUUCGGAAUAUUACUAAUUUUGUGAUGCUCUUUCAAGCUGUGAUAAAAUUUUUCUCUAGACUUGUUGAAAUCUAAUUUUUAGUCAAAAGGUGAAAGGUCCAUUGCAUUUAUACCGACGCAGAAGCGUCAUUUGGAUGCGCAUGCAUGAAGUCGAGUGUGUAUCAAUGUGCAAAAUCCCACUCCUUGUAACGUUUUGCCGAAAAGCACGCUCGCGGCAGCCCUCUUCCACAUCAUACAUCGAUCAGCUCAGCGUUUCACCGCCCACUGUAUAAGCACCCUGGUAAAGUAUACGGCAAAGGCAACCGCUAGACAUAGUCACGUGGUUCCUUGCGGUUCGCUAUUCCAUCGAAAAACCUAAAAUUUGAAUGUCCCUAAUAACUACUGUAUUUUCUUCAAUAUAGUUUUACCUUACGCUUCUUGGUGACAAAGCAAGUGAGAGAGUACGUUCAGCUGCUGUUCCCUAUGUGCGACCAAUAUCGUCAGGUCAACAGAGUUUUGGUACAACACCAAGUGAAUAUCCUUUGACUAAACCUAUGACGAAAACCACAGCAAAAUUACAGGUAAACGUAGCCUUGACGUACCUAAAUCCGGAAAGUGCGUGACCUCAGCCAUAGAGCCUCGUUUCUGUGAUUGCGACGUAGGGCUUCAAACUAACGCCACGUACACGAAAACGAGACUCUGCUGCCAAGGUAACGUAUUUUCUGAACGUGUGUAUUCUUUUUCAUAAUGUUUACAUAUUGGGAUCAGGUGUGGGAACUGUAUCCACUUUCUACCUGGCCACAUGAACAAGUAUGCAGUAGGCCUAUAUUAAGAUUAAGUAAAACACUACGCAUUAUAAUCAAGUUUUAUUAUUAAUUAUUAUAUCAUUAUUAUUAUAAAUGUUUGUUUCUCCAAAAAUGGCCUUACAGAACCAAUUACAAGUACUAAUUAUAACAUGAGCAUCCGAUCUUACAAACUCUCGCCGAAAAGUUGAGUUUAUUGGCGAAGUAAUUUUAAAAAUAAACAUUGUCUAAGCCAAGAAAAUCAAAGCUGAAGUUUGUGUAAAUCAGGACAAAUAUUUAUCCGAUUUACAAACAUUGAUUAAACAAUCCUUUCUUUUGAAUUUUCUUCAUGAAUUAUUGUCAUUAAUAAUUGAGUAAUAUGAUAAUUCAAUUCAUUUACCACUUCACUCAAUUGAAUUACAUUGAUUAUUUUAAUUAAAUUUAGGUAUAUUUAUAUUUAUGUAUGUCAAAUUGAAAAGAAAGGGAGUGGCGAGAAGACCUCAGAAAGUCAAAGACUUGUAUUAAGAGCCAAUCUCAUUAUUAUUCAGAACAAAAUUUAAGGCAAAUUUUUUUUAAAAUUUGAUUUGUUGCAUCGGUUUAUAAUUAAAGCUCCUAUAGACCUUUUUAAAAAAUCUGCCUUGUGACGUAUUUUGCGGAUAAAGGAAAACCCCACACAACCGUUUGACUUACCUGAUUGGCCAAAUGAUCGUAUUUAUCAGCAAAGUAUGUAACAAGGCAGACUUUUUAAAAAGGUCUAUUGACAUGUACAUGCACUAAUUGUUUUUAAUGAAAUAUUUUUGCAAUAUAUAUACAAUGAGUAUUUAGUUUGAAGAUAUCCAAUAUAUCUCAUUUUUUGAAAAUAACUAAUAUAUGUUCUAUGUUGAACAUAUAAUAACUAAUAUAGCUAUUAACUAUAGCUAGUAGCUAUAUAUUCACAGCGUUAAUGUUUUAAUUAUUUACGAUAAUCCAAAACUAUUUAUUACAAAUGAUUUAAAUGAGUUUCUUAAUUCCUAAAAAAUGUUAGGAGGUAUUAAGUAUAUAUAAGAUAAUAUGACCUUCUUUGAUAACAUGUCCUUAUAAUUUUGCCCACUUGAUGAGAUUCGGCAAUAUAGCGCCGGGCAAGUCGUCAAGGAUUUCUCCAAUUACAGCAACUCCAUAAUUAACUUUACAAUUACAGUAAUUUUAACAAUGGAAAAAAACUAAUAUAAGCCAUUCUACAAUCGAUGCAACAGAUAACUAACAACAACUUAAAGCUCCACCAAGGGGCAUGGCCCAUUCACAUUUAACACACAGAUUUGCAAGUUCGCGGAUCAUCGCAAUUAUAUAAAUAUUGGAUAGCGCGUUUUUGUAAUAUAUCUUAAUUUAGUUCAGAUUUGAAAGCAUGGAAACCGAUUCUCUAUUAGAGAUACUAAAUAUAUUUAAAACGUUUAUACAUACUCUAAUAAAACAUGUAGUCUGGCAUGUUACAGUUUUAGCAAGAGUAUUACAAAUCUAAUUAAGUUUUCGUUUCUUUCACGUUUGGUUAUUCCUGAUUCAGCUAUUCUUGGUAGAGCACUUUCAUCGAUAUAAGUAUGGUUAUUAAUUACUAUAAGACCAAGUUCAAAUAUUCAUGCCAAUUAAUAAGUUAAAGCUGGUAGUAGGCCAAAUGAAGUUGAUGUAAUCUUGUUAUAUGUAGCUAUGAGACAUUGGUGAUAAACCCAGGUUUUAAGAUGCAUUUGAUUGCUCUUCUCAAAGGUAUAAAUGUGUUUACCUUUAUAUUUAUAGGCUUCUGGUGAGGCGCAGUACACAGACGAUAUACCCAAGCAAGAAGGAGAACUCUACGGUGCAUUUGUCAUGACAACACAGGUACGAAUAUCCAAAGCAAUAUGGAAUACCUUUUCAUUACGUAAAUUUCAACUUAGCUUGCUUUGUCGAGUUAAAUUUAGUUUAAUUACCUCCAUGGGGAGGUCAUGUUUUCAUCUGCGUUUGUAUGUGUGUGUACCUGACAUUGUGCGUUUGUCUGUCAGUACAAUAACUUCAAAAGGUAUCAAGAGAUAAUUUUUUUAAUCUCUUUAUGUCUGCGUUCUUUUAAAACAUCUUUUAUUUUUACGGCAUUGAGGAUUUAACGACAAGAAAUCAAGAAUAAUGAAUUUGGAGAUGUACUGAAUAUUAAUGCCAAAUAAGUCCUGUUAAGCGUUCAAAAUGACAUCAUAGACCAAUAUUUGCAAGUUUGCGGCACAGCAGUAUUCUUUUCGAGACUUGCGAAAUAUUUAUACACGGUAGCCUUUCACUUGCGCGACUUUCAAAGGGCCGUGUGUUUUAAAAAAAGAAAUACAACAUUUAACUAAGACAUUACAUUACACUACAAACUACAGUAUUACAAAGUUUCAUAAUAAUUAUUAAGUAAGCUACGAAAAGAAGAAAUAGAUUGGGAUUCGUCUACCACUCGUAAAAAUUAAUAGGGUUUUCUCGCGGUUUAAUGUUAUAACUGACUUGUUACUUGUUUGCCAUUUCUGAGUUUAAUUUGUACUCAACCUCUGAAGAUGAGUGCCCCUUACAAGAAUGGUUGGUGUCAUCCGCAGAAAUGGAAGCCUCGGUUGUCUGUAGGCAGUUAGGAAGGUCAUUAAUGUAUAAGUUGAAUAAUAGUAAAGGACCAAGGUUUGAACCCUGUGGGACGCCACAAUGAAUUUCAACUACAUCCAACACGGCAUUGUUUAUUUUGCAAACUUGUUUUUUUCUAAUGUAAAUAAGAUUUAAACCGUUUGAGAGGUGUUUCCCUUACUCCACAUUGUGUUUCCCUUACUCCAGAGGUAUUUCUCUUACUCCACAUGGUCGUCCGUUGUACAUAUUGUAUCGCACGUACGUUUGUAAAAUACUCGCGAAAAUUAUAACUAAAAGUUACUAUCGCAAGGAAAGUGCUGCCUCGCCCCCAUGGGAUUAAAGGCAGCAUGCGCACUAAGCUGAAGAAGGGGCUGUUUAUAUGAUCCCGCUUUGCCAGGACGAGAAAUGAGGGAGGAUGAUUUUACGUUUCGAUGUAUUGAAAUGAUUUGCAUUAUUCAAAUAGAUGCAGGUUUAUUAGCAUGGCAUGACCAGUUGCCAUGACUAGCUUACCACUGUAUACUGUACAAUAUCAUAUAUAUAAAUGAUAAUAAUACUUGAAUGAGAAUUUAAUAUAGAAUUGAAUAACAAUUUCAUAUAUAGAAAUACUAUGUCAGUUUUUGUCCCAACUAUCAUUUUAAUUGCACCUUCAAGGCUAUCCCUAUCGCAAAACUACUAAACAAUCUGCUCAUGGGGAUCAUCUGAUUAUCAAUUUCCCGUUUGUAAUGCAAAAUGACUGAAAAACGGCAAACUUCGCAAGGCUAUGUUAUCUGCAUUUUACAACAUUUCGCAAAGAAACUUCGGCAUAUUACUAAUUUUGUGAUGCUCUUUCAAGCUGUGAUUAAACUUUUGUCCAGCCUUCAUCAAAAUUUCACUCAUAAGGGGAAAGGUCUAUUGUGUGUUCCAAUGUGGGCACGAUAUUGCUCAAUUGAUAUUCUCUCAUUAUUCAUGAUAACAAUAUUAAUAAUAAACUAUCACUGUGAUAAUUCAUACCUUGAAGUACGAUGUUCUAUCAAGCUUAAUCACAUUUUUUACAAACAAACAAUCGAAGAGCUCGGCCACUUGUUUAUAUGAAAACUUGUAUGCACCUAAAAAAUUAAUAAUGUAUAAAAUACAGUUAAUCCAUUCGUUUCAACAGGUAAACCGUACAUGCGAUACAAUAUGUACAGCGUACGACCAUGUGAAAAUAGCCUGCAAAGAAGGCGCGUUGAAGGGCGAAAAUAUUUAUACGAAAAUAUUACGAAAGUUAUGGCUGUGGUUAUGGUAUUUAAAAGUAUUGAAAAACAGUGUUUUAGUGUUUAUAUGCAAAUUAGCAAACGAAAGAAGACGAAGAAUGCCUAUUCACACAUUUUACAGCCAUACAGGUACACCAGUCUAAAAAAGAAUACUGCUGUGCUCCCUUGGUCUCUAAAAUGUCUUUUUUGACGUUUAAGGUGGCUCGCUACACUUUUAUAAAUAUUAAAGAUUUUCUGAUUUGGAUAUGAAUUUCUGGCUAAAUACUAUUUGUUUAAUUUAAAAACCAAGAGUAUCUGACUUGUAUAUAACGCAAUAGCUAAGGAGUUCGAAAUUUUUAAAAAAGUACUCCUAACUGCCGUUGCUAUGGCAACAAUGACGUCACAUUGGUCACAACAUGGCGGAUAUUUUAUCUUAAAAAUAAUUUAACUCGAAAAAAACUUGGGUGACCCCAAUUUUUUAUUUCAUAAAAUGAUUUCUUUUAGUAUUUUGAAUUAUUUUCAUGAUUUAAAAAAAAUUCUAUCAUCGCAAAAAUAAUUUAUUACGAAUUUUCACAUUUUCCUAUCUUGAAAAAUUUCGGCAUUACAGAAUUUUUUUUUAAAUUAUGAUAAUAAUUAAAAAUACCAAUUAGUAAUCAUUUUAUGAAAUAAAAAGUUAAAUAUCCGCCAUGUUGUGAUGUCAUUGUUGCCAUAGGAACGGCUGUUAGAAGUAGCAUUUGAAGAAUUCCGAACUCUUUAGUUAUUGUGUUAUGCCAGUCAGAUAUUGUUCGUUUUUAAACAAGUAAUAAUUGUCCAGAAAAUCAUAUCCAAAUCCGAAAAUCUUUAAGUUAGAAAAGUGCAGGGAGCCACCUUAACAGGAUUUAUUUGGCAUCAAUAUUCAAUAUGAAAUGUUCUUUAAAAUGUUUUGGAUAAAGUAGAAGGUUAAGGAACAAAUUAAUAUUCAAACAGUAUAAAAGUAUAAAACUGAAAAAUAUAACACAACUCACAGUUUUGGCUAUUGCCUUUGGCUUUUCGCACAAAGAAGCCAAUACUCUUUAAAGAAAUAUCAAUAAGUAAAUGAGAAAUACGAAACGAACGGAUAAAAUUUUACAAAAUAUGCAGACCUAAUAGCUAAAAUUGCUUAAGUGGUUCCGAAUAUUUAAAACAAUAGAAAAAUAUUAAAGUUAAAUGUCAUCGAAAAUUUGCGUCAUAUAACGGUAGAACCCAUUGAAUUCGAGGGCAAAUGGAAAAUGUUAAUAUGGAAAUUUGUCCAGAAUAUCAGGUUUCUAUUUUGUGUUUUUAAGGGAAACUGUAAACUUGCAAAUGUGGACGUAUCUCAAGUCUUG